CUCUCUUCCGCCCCGCUUUCCUCCUCCUCCUCCUCACCAGACAGCAUUUACUGAGCUUGUUUAUGGAACCAGAGGGGCCACAGCCAGGCUCUGUAGAAAGAGCUUUGGAGUCAGUCCAGUUUAUCUCACUUAUUCACUCCCUCCUUUAUUUAAUAAGCAGGUGUUAGGUGUCUUCCAAAUACCAGUCAUUGGCAUGCUGAGAUAAAUGACUUGGUCUCUCCCCUGGAGUUGUUCGCAGAAAGGCAGACAUGUCAACAAAGAAGUGUAAUAAAAUGCACAGGUCUAAGGUAUAAGCAGGAACAGGCCUCAGAGACUGCCAAAGGCGCGUGACCUAUGCCAGGUUUACUGGUGCCCCACUCAAGAUGCACAAGAUCACCAACCCCUGGCGAAGCCCUUCAGGAGCUCUGCCUGCCCUCCGGACCAGUCAUGGAGAGGUCAUCUCAGUGCCACACAAGAUCAUCACCCACCUUCGAAAAGAGAAGUACAAUGCCGAUUAUGAUCUGUCUGCCCGGCAAGGGGCAGACACCUUGGCCUUCAUGUCUCUGCUGGAGGAGAAGCUGCUCCCAGUGCUGAUACAUACUUUCUGGGUAGACGCCAAGAACUACGUGGAAGUGACCCGGAAGUGGUACGCGGAGGCUAUGCCCUUUCCCCUUAACUUCUUCCUGCCCGGCCGCAUGCAGCGGCAGCACAUGGAGCGGCUGCAGCUGCUGCUCUGUGGGGAGCAGAGGCCUGAGAGUGAGGAAGAGCUGGAGAAGGAGCUGUACCAAGAGGCCCGGGAGUGCCUGACCCUCCUGUCCCAGCGCCUGGGCUCUCAGAAGUUCUUCUUUGGAGAAGCCCCCGCCUCCCUGGACGCAUUUGUGUUCAGCUACCUGGCCCUGCUGCUGCAGACCAAGCUGCCCAGCGGGAAGCUGCAGGCCCACCUGCGGGGGCUGCCCAACCUCUGCACCUACUGCACCCACAUCCUCAGCCUCUACUUCCCCUGGGAUGGGGCUGAGGUGGCGCCGCCACGCCACACUCCAGCGGGCUCAGAGACAGAGGAGGAGCCGAACCGGCGCCGGAACCAGGUCCUGUCCGUGCUGGCGGGGCUGGCGGCCAUGGUGGGCUACGCCGUGCUCAGUGGCAUCGUCUCUAUCCAGCGGGCAGCGCCUGCCCGGACGCCCAGCACGCGGGGCCUGGGCAUGGCCGAGGAGGACGAAGACGAGUGA